AUGGCCGUUUUCUGUGUUAUGGAGUGUUCUGUACUAGAUCCGGCUCUGUACCUCUUGCCUAGUCCACCGAUAAAAAUUUCUAGCCCAUCAGAACUCAUGUGGUCUAAAUCUUCUCAGUUAACAGCUAAAACUACUCCAGAAGUCACACUCGAAGGAUUAUUUAACAAGAAAAAAGAAGUGACGUUAGCAAAAGCUCGACUUUUCUGGCCAAAAAUACGAACAGAUCACAAUUUGGGAAGUAUUCACAUACCGCUAACAUUCAGUGUUAGCGGUAAUUAUGGCAGAUACGGCAGUGGACGAAUAAGCGCUAUUGGAACAAGCUAUGCAAGUAUGAGUGGAGUCGGAAUGUCUAAAUUAAUAUCCAGCCUCAGUAAGCCUCAACCUUGUCCCAGCUAUGAAACCAUUAAUUCUGGACAAUCCGUCGUACGAAUAUAUGGAGCGAACACUAAACCAGCAUGGAGCGGAUGGGGCAAUGGCAAAUGGGGAUACUACGGCAAAGGAUAA